AGCACCUCGUUUGUCUGGAGAGGGAUGACAGUGCAGGAUUUGUGUUCCCGAGGGGGAUCAGUGUGCCAGGUUCGGUGAGGAUGGGAGAAGGAGCCACUUGAAGACUCAAAGUGGCUCUCAGCAUGGUUUCGAGGAAGGUGGUGGCCAGUUUGCUGCUGGUGUCCCUGCUGUCCGUGCUGGCUGAGCAGACCCAAGGCUUCAUGCCCUUUUUCACCCAGAGUGACUUCCAGAAAAUGCAGGAAAAGGAGAGGAACAAGGCAGGGCAGAAGAAAUCCCUGAGCUCGCUGCAGCAGCUGGAGGAGGAAGGUUUCUCUGAGCAAUCUGCUGUGGAUGUCAAUGCAGCCAAGACCCUCCAGCAGGCCCUUCCUGUCAGAGCUUGGCUCACCCUAAGGCAGCUGGAAAAAUACCAAGAUGUCCUGGAGAAACUGCUGGCAGAGCUGUUACAGGACACCCCAGAUGCUGACUGAUAUCUGCAGGAUCAGAAGAGAAAGCGCUGGAGCUGCUCAAGCUGAAAGACUCCACUUAUGUAAACGAAUUUUGUGAGAGAGAUUAACAAAAUCUGAGGUGAGAUAAUAAAUGUGCAGCAUAAUUAAAAGGA